CGGGGCUGUGCCGGUGCCGCUGCGCCGGUGCCGGUGCGUGGGGUGGAGCCGUGUUGUGCCGGUGCCGGUCCGCGGGGCGGGGACGCGCUGUGCCGUAGCUGGGGCGUGGGGCGGGGACGAGCGGUGCCGGUGCCGCUACCCGGAGCCGUGCCGGUGCCGGUGCCGGUGCCCGAUGAGCCGGUGAGGCGGCAGCGGUGCGGGAGGGAUGGCGGCGGGCGGCGGCGGGGGGCGGCCGCCGGGCCCCGACCCCGCGCUGGAGCCCUACGUGCAGACCCGCAUCUUCAAAAUCAUCGUGAUCGGAGACUCCAACGUGGGCAAGACGUGCCUGACCUUCCGCUUCUGCGGGGGCACCUUCCCCGGCAAGACCGAGGCCACCAUCGGCGUGGAUUUCCGCGAGAAGACGGUGGAGAUCGAGGGGGAGCGCAUCAAGGUGCAGGUGUGGGACACGGCCGGGCAGGAGCGCUUCCGGAAGAGCAUGGUGGAGCACUACUACCGCAACGUGCACGCCGUGGUCUUCGUGUACGACGUGACCAAGAUGAGCUCCUUCACCAACCUCAAGACGUGGAUCGAGGAGUGCAACGGGCACGCCGUGCCCCCGCUCGUCCCCCGCGUGCUCGUGGGGAACAAGUGUGACUUGAAGGACCUGAUCCAGGUGCCGUCCAGCCUGGCCCUCAAGUUCGCCGACGCUCACAACAUGCUUUUGUUUGAGACCUCGGCCAAGGACCCGCAGGAGAGCCAGAACGUGGACGCGAUUUUCAUGUGCCUGGUGUGCCGGCUGAAGGCGCAGCGCUCGCUGCCCUGCCGGGACGCGGAGCGCUGGCCGCCGCAGCCCCAGCCGCAGCCCCGGCGGCCGGACGAGCCCAGCGGGAAAGGCUCCUGCCCGUGCUGAGCGGGACCCCCGGGCCCAAUAAAGGCUCUGAGCCCCCUGCGCUCCGACUCUUGCUUUGCGCCU